AUGGAACAAGAAGAAUUCCAACCUUUAGAAGAACAUCCAAAAAUACUUCCUUAAAAAACUCCUUUAAAAAUACAUUAAUUAAACCAUAAUGAUUAGAGAUUAAUAGUAAAAGAAAUAAUAUUAGAGAAUUUCAAAAGCUAUUAAGGACGUCAAGUAAUAGGUCCAUUCCACAAAAGAUUUACAUCAGUGGUAGGUCCAAAUGGAAGUGGAAAAUCUAAUUUAAUAGAAUCUUUAUUAUUUGUUUUUGGUAAAAAAGCAUCUUGGAUGCGUUUAAAGACUUUAAGUUAACUUAUACACAAUUCAUCUUAACAUUAAGAUAUAAAAAAGGCAUCUGUAGAAGUUAUAUUUCAUGAAAUAAAAGAUAAAGAAGGUGAAGAUUAUGAAAUAAUUGAAAAUACAGAAUUUAGUGUACGAAGAACUGUUAAUAAAUAAAGUGUAUCUAAAUAUGAAAUUAAUAAUAGAGAAAGUACUCAAUAGGAAGUUAUAGAAAUGUUAAAAUCAAAAGGAAUAGACUUAAAUAAUAAUCGAUUUUUAAUUUUAUAAGGAGAAGUUGAAUAAAUAUCAUUAAUGAAACCUAAAUCUGGUGAUCCAGAAAAACCUGGAUUACUAGAAUAUUUAGAAGAUAUAAUUGGGUCUGAUUAAUUUAAAGAGGAAAUCGAAAAAAAAGAAGAAUAACAUGAAGGUUUGCAAAAUGAGCGAAGGGAAAAAGGUGAGAGAAUGAGAAUUCAUGAAGUUGAUUUAGAAAAAUUAAAUGAAUCUAAAAAUUUGGCUGUCGAUUAUGUUAGAAGCGAACGAUAAAAAUACUAAAUUAUUAAUAUUUUAGGUUAAAUAGAGUGCUAUAGGAAUAAAAGGGAAUUAGGAAAAUUAGAAAAUAAAAAAAAAGAAAAUGUUUAAAAAAAUUUGGUAACUAAAUAAGAAAUUAAACAAAAAAUCAAAGAAAAUGAAGAUAUUAUUUAAGAAUAUAAAAAAAAUAAACAAGAUAUUUAAAAUAAAGAAGUAGAAGUGAACAAAUAUACUGGAGAAUUCUAAAAACUAAAUAAUAAAGAUGCAUAAAUUAGGUAAAAAUUAUUAUUAGAAACCGAAAAUUAGACUAAAAUAGAAAAACAAAUAGAAGAUCUUUAAAAAGAAUAUAAUAAAAUCGUGCGAGAAUCAAAGGAAUACGAGAAAGAAAUUCCAGGGAAAAAAGUGGAAUUAAAAUAAAUGGAAGAAAAACUAGAUGAGGAGGAAAAGAAAUUAACUGAAUUAAGAAAUAAAAUCAAUAAUGAAAAUAUAAAAUUAGUCAAGGAAAAAAAAGAGUUCGAAAAAAUGCUUUUGCCAUUAAAAGAUGAAUAAAUAGAUAUCAAAUAAAAAAAAGAAAAUUUAGAAAAUAAACUCAAAUUAAUCACUUCAGAUUAAAAUUCAAUUUAAAAUGAAUUAUCAAAAUGCAAUUUAAAUAAUGUGAAAAUUAAUGAAAGUUUCUAAGAAUUAAAAUAAACUAUUGAUAAGGCUAAUAUAGUCAUUUAAAGUAUUAAUGGUAAAAAAAAUGAAGAAUUAAAUACACUUUAAGAACUUAAAAAUUAUGAAUAGAAAAUUAUUAGAUCUAUGGAAGAAUGUAAGUAAAAAAUUGAUUAGUUUAAUUAAUAAAAUUAAGAAAAUACAUCAAGAAAUAAAGUACUAACAGAACUUAUACAUGCUUAAAAAUAAGGAAAAUUAAAUGGAAUUUUAGGGAGAUUAGGUGAUUUGGGAACUAUUCAUGAAUAAUAUGAUAUUGCAAUAACUACUGCAUGUCCAUAAUUAGAUAAUAUUAUAGUUGAAAGAUAUGAGGAUGCUUAAAUAGCUGUUUAAUUUUUAAGAAAUGAAAAAAUAGGUAAAGCAUCAUUUAUAGCACUAGAUAAAAUCGAAUAUAAUAGAAAUGAAAUGGAAAGAUAAUUUUAAGCUCCUUAAGGUUCUUUAAGACUUUUUGAUUUAAUAAAUGUAAAAGAAUCUAGAUUACGUGUCGCUUUUUAUUUUGCUAUAAGAAAUACACUUUUAUGUGAAGAUAUUGAAAUGGCUACGUAAAUUGGUUAUGGAAGAUAAAGACAUAGAGUAGUUACUAAAAAAGGAGAAUUAAUAGAAUCUAGUGGUGUUAUGUCAGGAGGUGGAAAUCCAAGAAAGGGAGGAAUGUCUAAUAAAUUGAAAAUAUAAAUAAGUAAUGAAGAAUUGAUAAGAUUUUAAGAAGAAUAUAAUUAAAAUUAAAAUGAUUUGAAAUAAUUAAGAGAAAGAAUGGGAUAAAGUUAAAGUGAUAUUUAAAGAUUAGAAAAUGAUUUAAAAUUUGUUGAAAAAGAAAUAGAAAAUAAAAAAUUCGAUUUGAAAUUGUGUGAAGAAUAAUUAGAAGCUGGCAAAAAAAAAGUAGCUACUUUAUAAAAAUAAGUAAAGCCAAUAUAAAAUAAUUAAAAAGAAGUAGAUAAAAUUUAACAUGAUAUUAUGGUUUAUGAAUAGUAGUAUAAUAAUAUAAGUAAAGUUGUAUAAGAAAAAUAACUAGCUAUAUAAGAAGUAGAUGACAAAAUUAAUUAAAUAGGAGGAAAUGAAUUAAAAAAAUAAUAAUAACUCUAUAAUGAAUUAAAAUAAAAACAAAGCAAUUAUGAAAAUAGUAUUUUCUAAAUGGAAGCUAAAUUAAAUGAUACUGAAAAAAAUCUUAAUAAUAAUUCUAAAGAAAAGAAAAACUGUUAACAUUAACUUAUCAAAAUUUAAGAUCUCAUUUAAAAAUAUUAAGAUUAAAAAUAAGAUAUAGAAAAUUAAGCUGUUGAAAUUAUUAAUUUAAGAGAAAUUUCUGAAAAAGAACUCGAAACACUUAAAUAAAAAUACGAAGAAAAAACUUAAGCCAAAAUUAAGAUUUAAUAAAUCUUAGAAGAAUUUUAAAAUAAUUUAGAAAAAAUAUAAAAAGAAAUUGACGAAACUGAAAUAAAAAUUUAGAAAGUAUAAGAAGAAUUAACUAAAAGUAAUAAUUAAAUAUAAUAAAAUAGAACUAGAUAUUUCGAAAUUAUAUCUCAAUAUAAUUUCCUUGAUUAUUUAGAUGAAAUAGCUAAUUAUUAAGUAGGAUAAGAAGAUUAAUAAUAAUAAAGAAGGCCUGAAAUAAGUAUAUUGGAAUAAACAAUAAUUAUGGAAAAUAAAAAUUAAAUGGAAGUAGAAAAUGAUGAAGAAAAUAUAUAAGAAAAAAAAAUCGUACAUAAAUAAAGAUAUAAUAUAUAAAGUAUAAUGAAUAUAGAAGUUAAUUAAGAUCUAUAAUAAGAAAAUAUAGAAAGUAUCGAAAAAUAUAAGGAAGAAUUAAAAAUAUAGAAAGCAAAUACUGAAGAAAAGUUAAAAAGCUUAGGAAACGAAGCUAAUAUAAAUACAAUAAAUGAAUUUAAAGAAAAAUAUGUCGAAUUUAAAUCAAGAAAAGAAGAAUUUGAAAAAGUUAAAUAAAAAAUUACUGAAUUAAAAUAAGAUGUAGAUAAAUUAAAAAAAGAAAGAUUCGAAAAAUUCAUGAGUGGAUUUAACUUAAUUUCUUCCAAAUUAAAAGAAACAUAUUAGACGCUUACAAAUGGAGGUGAUGCAGAAUUAGAAUUAAUAGAUUCUUUAGAUCCAUUUUCUGAUGGUGUUAAUUUUACAGUUAGACCUCCAAAAAAAUCAUGGAAAUAAAUAUCGAAAUUAUCCGGAGGUGAAAAAACUCUUUCUAGUCUGUCUUUAGUUUUCGCUUUACAUUAUUAUAAACCUACUCCUUUAUAUUUUAUGGAUGAAAUCGAUGCUGCUUUGGACUUUAAAAAUGUUUCGAUUGUUGGUAAUUACAUUUAUGAUAGAACUAAAAAUGCAUAGUUUAUUAUUAUUUCGUUAAGAAACAAUAUGUUUGAAUUGGCAAAUAAACUUGUUGGAGUUUACAAAACUAAUGAUGCUACAAAAACUAUUUGUAUUAUUCCUUCACUUAUUUUAUAGAAAAUCUAAGAAAUAAACUAAGAUAAAAACAAUUAGAAUGAUGAAUGAGUUUUUAUUUUAUAAUAUAAUAUUUAAUUAAUUUUUUUAUUAAUAUAAUUCGUUAAAAAAUAAAAUAAAUAUAUAAAUAUUAAUUUUAUUUACAAUUUUUUUGUUAUAUAAAUAAAAUUAAUAUUUUUUUUUUUUAUAAUAUUU